AAACGCAUGGAAACCGACUUGCCUCCCCACUCGAGAGGGAGAUUUCGCCAUUAACGCUCAGAGGAAGUGCUUUGCCUCCCCAGUUCUUCCCAUCACUCGUCUCUCUCGUAACGAAGAAUUGGAGUGAACCUAUUGUUCAACUUGCUCAAGUAAGAGGCUGCAGGUGUCAACUGUCAAGGGAGUUAGGAACUGCUGAAUCUUUGAAGAGAGACAGAAAAUCAAAUAAAUUGGUGGAUGACUUCCAUGCCUAUUUCUUUUGUUUCCAUGGGCCACCAAGAUAAAUUCUGCAAAUGCUUAAUUAUUUUCAAUUGCUUUGUUAGUCCAAGAAAAGUUUUUCUCCUAAUCUGAAGCUUGGCAGACUAUUGAAGCUGGAUUGGUAUUUGUUUUCACAGCUUCAAUGGACCUUUUUUCAUUCUAAUGUUCAGAUGCAAAGUGGGCUCAACUUGUUCACUGAUCCUAGUGAUUAUCUCUUCAUCCAAGUAAAUAGCCUCCCAGAGGGCCGGAUUACAUGCUAUCUAUGUAAUCUCAGAUGUUUAGGAAAUCAUGCAGCUAUACCACCAUCCUUAUUCCCUUGACAGCCAGAAGGUAAGACUUGCAUUGGAAGAGAGGGAGAUUGAUUACAUCUCCUACCAUGUAAAUCCUUUGAAGGGCAAGAACAUGGAUUCCCCAUUCUUUCGUAUGAACCCUUCUGCAAAGCUGCCACUUUUGAAGAAUGGUGGAACAAUCAUCUACGACACGCUCGACAUGAUCCAGUACAUACACAGAAUAAAUGUCUCCUCGUUUGAUAGUCAAGCUGCUGUCCUUGAUGACAAGGCCCUAGAAUGGAUGCGAAAGAUACAAGGCUGGAAUCCGAAGGUGUUCACACUCUCUCAUGUCCCAGAGAAAUAUCGGCUUUUUGUGUCCACUUUCAUAAGGAGGGUGGUAAUGGCUCGAAUGGCCGAGUCACCUGAUCUGGCCAGUAUGUAUCGCUCAAGACUUCAGUCAGCAUAUGAUACAGAGGAAAUUUUGAAGGAUCCAGAUGUUGUGAAGCAAAGUGAGGACCAGCUGGUUCGUCUUCUUGAUGAUGCGGAACAGCAGCUUACAGAAGCACCUUACUUAGCUGGUCAGGAGUACUCCGUGGUAGAUUCUAUGUUCAUUCCUGUUCUAGCACGAAUAGAGCUUUUGAAUCUGGAAGAUAAGUAUAUAAAUUGCAGACCAAAAAUUGCAGGGUAUUGGAAGCAUGUUAAGUGUAGACCAAGUUAUGUGGUGGUAAUUGGGAAGUAUUUUUCUGGAUGGAGAAAAUAUAAAACACUUCUUAGUACCGGUAUCAUGGUAUGGAUACGACACAUACUUAAAAGGUAUUGAGAAAUGUCAAACCGUUCUCAAGUCAUUGCUGCAGGCAUGGUGAAAGGGUAAAGAGAGGUUUUUUAAAAGUUGGUAUUACUUGUUCAGACGCUGAAUGAAGUUCCAGUUAGCAGCUUCAAUUAUGGUAUCACCACAAAUACUGUAAAGCAGCUUCAAUUAUGGUAUCACCACAAAUACUGUAAAGCAGCUUCAAUUUAUGGUAUCACUACAGAACUGUAAAGUAUUCUCUUAUUUGUAUUUCUUUCUGCCUAAAUAAGCUUGAAAUGUGUGUUCAUAUGUGACAAUUUAAGGGAUUGGAAUGGGGGUGAAUAAUCAGUGAGUUGUAAGCAUUGCUUUCUGCCUAGUUUCAACAAUAUCAUUUUUUUUUU